GGUAAAAGUAUUAUUAAUGCACUAUUGAAGCCCUAAAACGUACAAAAUGGCGUGCUUUCAUUGAUGGUGCUUAUGUAACAAUGCACCAACGCCCAAAAUAAGAAUUUCGUGUUCACAUCGAUCACCGGAUACGGAUUACUGUUAAAGCUUUGCCCACACAUUGUAUGUAUCAUGACGGCCACAGCAACAGAGGCGAGUAAAAUGUUAGAGGCAGCACUGCAGCAGAUGGAUGGCAUAAUAUCGAACUCAGCGACGGCAGCGGUCGGUCAGCCCCAGACUCAGCCGACUACGGCUUCGCUGACUAGCUUCUGUGAGCGUAAUUUAAUUUCUGCAACAAAUGUGCUGUCAACAGCUAAGACAUUGGCUUUGGCGCUGCAACAGGUCGGUUUGGCAGCGCCAGCUCCAGAUCCAGUUACCGCUGCAAUAAUAAGCGAUUGGCUGGAAACGCACAUACCACGCCAGGACUCCGAUGAACGCAUGCGGCGUUUGCAGCGCGACAAGGAAGGAUUGGCGCUACAAUACCAAAUGCUAGCCGAACGCGUUUCUGAGCAAGCAGAUAGAAUAAUUGAAUUGGAGGGCCUGUUGACGGACAAAUCGCAGCAGCUUUGCACCAAAGAAGAGCAGCUGCAGCGCCAAAUGAUUUCGCGAUCUGCGCUAGAAACACAAAAACUGGAAUUGAUGAGUGCCUUAAGUGAGCUAAAGCUGCAUCGAACGGCGCUGGAGUGCGAAAACGAGCUGAAUGCCACCGAUUGCAACAUGCCCUACGGUAGCAUGGGCAAUAUAAAUCAAAAGACCUUCGCGGCAGAUGGUGGCUUAGCACCAAAAACUCCACCCUCAGCCUUACGUCACCAGAUUAAGCCCCAAUUCCAUAGCUUGCCACGGUCCCAUGGCGGCGCCAGUAAGCAGGUACAGCGCUUGCAAGCAAACAAUAACAAUAAUCACACCCUAGACGUGAAUGCAAACAGCAGUGGGAAGCAACGUAAUGUUGCGUUCGCCUCCAACGAACAAAUUCUAAUCGACGAUAGUGUACUAAGCGAUAGUGCUGUCCCACCAGAAGACGCCAUGUCGAUGUACUCUAGUUUUCGAUCCCAAACGCAAUCAACGCCCUCGCCAAAGCUACGCGAGCGUUCUGCGCGCGGUUUGCGCAGCAUUUUAGGCAAACUGCGACGCAGCAAUAGCAGCAACUGCGAGCUGACCGCCCUGGAGCAAGCGGAACCAGAUGAGUUUCGUCGGGGUGGGUCGCGUGCAACUGCAGGCGGCCGCAUAGAAUGGAGCGCACAGACACCAAUGUUUUGCGAUGCCGAUAAGCAUUACAGCAGCUGGAACGCACAGGAAGUGUGCAACUGGUUAGCGCACAUGGGUCUCGGAUGUUAUCAGGACAACUGCAGGAAAUGGCUAAAAGCAGAUCCGUCUGUAUGCUUCUUUACCGCUUCUCCGGUUGAUAUCGAACGUGAACUUCAUCUAAAAUCGGUUCUGCAUCGAAAGAAAAUCAUGUUGGCCAUUGACGACAUCACGAAAAAGGAGUUUGACGAGCUGACGGUCAAGGCUGCAAAACUGGAUGUUGGCUGGGUGCUGCGUUGGCUAGAUGACAUUGGCUUGCCUCAGUACAAGGAUUACUUUCUGCAGGCCAAAGUCGAUGGUCGCAUGUUGCAUCGUUUAACGCUUGAGGAUCUUUCGCAAUUGCAUGUGAGCUCCUGCUUGCACAUCGCGUCGUUGCGAUGUGGCAUUCUAUGCAUGCGUCGCAUGUCCUGGGAUGGCGAAGGCCUGAUUCGUCGUUCAACCAAGGUGGUCGAUCAGAGCGACGAAGCCAAGAGUCCUGACAAGGAAAGCGUUGACUUGUGGACGGCACACCGAGUCAUGGAGUGGCUGAAAACAAUAGAUCUGUCUGAGUAUGCGCCAAAUCUGCGCGGUGCUGGAGUCCAUGGCGCAUUGAUGCUCUAUGAGGAUCGUUUCAACGCCGAUUUGCUAGCUGAUUUACUCUCGAUACCACCGAGUAAAUCUUUGCUUCGUCGCCACUUGGCAAUGCAUUUUAAGGAAUUAGUUGGACGUACAAUUAUACAUAGUAAACGCGAUGCCGAAGCAGCUCCUGGCUAUCUGCCACUCACCAUCACUGCAAAACUGAAGCCACCCAAGCGCUCUCAAUUUACACUCAAGCGUCGCAAGAGUUCAAAGGGACAAAAUGAGAUCGACUGGACGGAUUUAGUAUGCCCAAUGAAUACUGUAGUGCCCGUGCUGUCCACCUCGGAGACGCUUAAAGAUAAUGAUGGUUCGUUGAGCUCCACUUAACCGUUGCGAAAGGGGUUCACAAUCGGAGUCGCGGUUAACAUACUUAUGCGUAAUAAUAUAAUUAUUGUUAAUCUAGUUUUAAGUUCACGCCACAAACUGACCCUGAAGCUGAUCAACUUUACGAUCUAGCCAAAGUCGGACAUACAGACUUACAGCCAAGGAGCUGUAUUUGCAAGAAUUUACCAAGGCUAGCAAUGUGAGCCAACAAUUAAGCAAUUUAUCGUAAAAACCCAACGACCAAUUAAUAACGUAUUAGCAAGGCAGGCUGCUCAAUGCACAACUACCACAUACUACAUACCUUUUUGGAAACUUGCACUUUUUUACUCGUAUAAUUAACAUAAGACGAUUUGAGCAUUAACGUCUUCCAAAGUAUGAAAAACUGAAGUAUUUAAAAGAGCAUACAUAUUAACGACCUGGAAAGCAAUCGAAAGUCUGGCAUAUAGCACAAUAUCCGAGUUUAUUUGUACUAACACUAAGUUAUAUGUUAUUAGCCCGAUAUUUCAAAAGUAUAUAACGCAUUUUUACGGAAGUCAAAUAUUUUGAAUUA